AGAAGACCGAAUGAAAAUUUAAACGAACCGUAAUCAAGAUUAGACAACUUGAAGARCUUAAAACUGAGAAAGAAAUAAGCUACACUAGUUAACUGASCCAGAAGGAAAUCCCACAUGGAUUACACAGAUCAAGUGUAUUACGUCCAAGGGUUCACGCAACAUGAAAUUGACAACGCCUUAUAUGGUUAUAUCAGAGGAUUCACUGGAAACUCCUCAACUGCGCAUGCUCURUCWGAUAUUGAGUUCCAAGAUGGUUUCAAUGAUAACGAAAAAGAGCACGGWCCCAGACCUCUUCAGCCAAUAAAUAGAAACUGGUUUCCAUGGCUACAUCAAAUGCCSUUAAGUCAAACACAUCCAUAUUUGGACAAGCAAAAUCCUGACGAUCUUAGGGAACCUUCCACGGUCAAUUUACCGGAAGGACUUAGACUUGUUACGACGUCACUUCCGGGUGCAGCAGUCAGGGGGGUCUUCAGCAUUCAGAAUAUCAUUACCAAGGGUACMCGGUUUGGACCAUACACAGGACAAAUUGUCAACCCUAAAGAAUGCCCRGAGGAAAAUAACAAUGCUUUAUGGGAGAUAUUUCAAGACGGCGAACUGAUUCAUUACAUCGAUGGAAGCAAAGACUCCAGUAAYUGGAUGAAACUAGUCAAGUGCGCAAGGCAUGAUGGGGAGCAAAACCUCGUCCUUGUUCAGGAGGGGAAUGAUCUCUAUUAUGAAGUAUCAAAGGAUAUUUACGAGGGUACAGAACUGCUUGUYUGGUAUGGUGAUCGAUAUCUCAAAUACAUGGGGAUACCAAUAACUAUGAAGACUAGGAUAGCAACACUUGAUAGCGAGAACARUAACGGCAUAGAUGGAGACAGCUUUGCWUGUGAUCGAUGUGGUAAAGUGUUCGCUUACAAAUACUACCGUGACAAACAUCUUAAAUACACUCGCUGUGUUGAUCAAGGAGACCGGAAAUUCCCUUGCCACCUGUGCAACCGUUCUUUUGAAAAACGCGACCGYCUGCGUAUCCAUAUCCUUCACGUGCACGAGAAGCACCGACCACAUCAGUGCAAAGAGUGCGGUAAGAAGUUCUCRCAAUCUUCAAGUCUAAAUAAGCACCUAAGAGUACAUAGUGGAGAGAGGCCUUACAAGUGUCCUUACUGCAGUAAAGCGUUUACCGCGUCGUCAAUUCUAAGGACCCAUAUUCGUCAGCAUAGUGGUGAGAAGCCAUUCAAGUGCCGUCACUGUCGGAAGGCGUUUGCUUCACACGCGGCACAUGACAGUCACGUCAGACGAACGCACACCAAAGAAAAACCUUGUCUCUGUGAAUUUUGUGGAAAAGCGUUUGCACAGUCGUACGAGCUCAAGUUCCACUUGAACAUGCACACCGGAGAGAAACCAUACACKUGCGAUCGCUGCGGMCGAGGAUUUUCCAGCCCCUCGUCACGUGACAGGCACCGAGCAAAUUUCGAUUGCACGACACGUAAGAACCGAGCACCGAAAAUAAUGCGAAAAGACGGCGAAGGCGGUGAUUAUGAGUACGACUGUAAUGAAGURCAUGAWAGUGGACUGGAAACAAAUAAGCAUGAACGAAACCUUAUUGUCACGUGAUACUUUACAUGAUGAAUCACGUGAUGAGUGACGCAAUGGAAUUAAAGUGAUGCUAUUUUAUUGGUUUGAAUUACUU